AUGCAGGUCUGGGGCACUUUUGUAGUGACUUUGGCCACACUGAUGGUUGUCACUGUGGAUGCCAAGAUUUAUGAACGGUGUGAGCUGGCAAGGAGGCUGGAGAAGGCUGGCCUCAAUGGCUUCAAAGGCUACACUGUUGGAGACUGGCUGUGCGUAGCACACUAUGAAAGUGGCUUUGAUACCUCCUUUGUGGACCACAAUCCAGAUGGCAGCAGUGAAUAUGGCAUUUUCCAGUUGAACUCUGCGUGGUGGUGUAACAAUGGUAUCACACCCACUCAGAACCUCUGCCACGUGAAUUGUAAUGACCUGCUCAACCUUCAGAUUCUGGAUGACAUCAUGUGUGCCAAGCGGGUUGUAACCUUACACAAGAGUAUGAAUGCCUGGGAUUCUUGGAGCCGGCACUGUUCUGGUCAUGAUUUAUCUGAAUGGCUCAAGGGAUGUGAGGUGCAUCUGAAAAAAGACCCAGGCGAUACCGACUGGUGA